UUUCAAUUUUCAAAGUCUCUGUUAUUUUACAACUUUGUUGCGAGGAAUUUUCGGUUAAGAAUAUGCUUUUAAAAUGAAAAGACACCGUCAUAUAAAUGAAAGGCGUUGGGAGUGUAGAUUGUGUAAUUGUUUCCAAGCAAUUUCACUACGAACGUUGCUUAAUCACUAUAAUAAAGUUCAUGGAAAUGAGCCUAAUUUUCAAGUAGUUUGUGGCAUCGAGAAUUGUCCAGCAACAUUUACGAAAUAUAAUUCGUUAUACAAGCACAUCACCAGAUCUCAUAAGGAAGUCUACGAUGGAAAUAUUGAGGAUAACGCUGACGCUGAAUUUAACAAUGAGGAUAAUAUCGAUGAUAUUGAUCACCACUUCACAGUUGAAUCAGAUGAGAGCAGUAGUGCUGAAGAAUUGGAAUUGGAAAUGAAUAUAGAUGAGAACCAGAAUGUUGACAAUAUUGACAUUACAAAGAGUGCUGCCUCAUUUCUCUUAAAGGUGAAAGAAAGGAAUAAAAUACCUCAGGUUGCAAUGGAAUCUAUAAUGGACAGUACACGCACACUGGUAAAGCAAGUGGUAGAUUCUGUGAAAGCGGAAGUUUUAAAUGUGUUAGAUUCCAGUGAACAAAAAGGCCAGGUGAGAAAUGUGUUUGAGUCAGCUACAGAUCCUUUUUCUGGGAUAGAAACCGAAGCACUACAGUCAAAGUACAUCAAGCAAAACUUCAGUUAUGUGGAACCAAAGGAGGUAACUUUAGGGAAGAAAUUUGUUUGGAAAAUAAACAGUGGUAAGAGACUUAUUUCUGAGAAAAGUGAGAAAUUUGUGUACAUUCCAAUACUUGAAAGCAUAAAACAGAUCCUCUCAAAUAAGCGCAUCUCUACUAUUCUUCUGAAGAAACCUAAGUGCUGUCAAGAUGGAGUAUUAUAUGAUGUACAUGAUGGCCUUUUGUAUCAAAGUGAUCACUAUUUUGAUGAACACGAGAACACAUUGUGCAUUGUAUUGUAUCAUGAUGAGCUAGAGGUGUGUAAUCCAUUAGGCAGUAAUGCUGGGGUACACAAGCUAGACAUGUACUAUUUUACAAUUGCCAAUUUAUGCCCAAAGUUCAGAUCCAAGCGCUGUGCUGUCCACUUAUUUGCAAUUGCCAAUGCUGAUUUGGUAAAGAAAUAUGGUAUUAACACAGUAAUGCAGCCAGUUAUUGAUGAUUUGAACAUUCUGUAUCAAGGAUGCAAAAUGGAGAUCAAUGGUGUGGAAAAAGUUAUCCAUGGGAAGGUAUUAUUGUGUGCGGGUGACACACUUGGUCAGCAUUAUUUGGGCGGAUUCAAAGAAGGUGUUGGUGUAGCUUUCCAAAAAUGUCGGCAUUGUCAGUGCUCAUUUGAACAGAUGCAGACUGACUUCUUGGAAGAAGAGUUCAAUCUAAGAACAAAGGAAAACUACAGUGAACAGUUUGAUGCCAUUGAACAGGCACCAACUCCAAGUGUCCAAAAAGAUCUAAGAACGACUUAUGGACUAACACAGAGAAGUUCCCUUUGCCAGCUACCCACAUUUGAUGUCACACAGCAGCUCCCCCAGGAUAUCAUGCACACUCUGCUUGAAGGAGUUGUGCAGUAUGAGGUUCGACUAGUUCUUCUUCAUUACCUACAAUCGGGUCAAACCAGUCUAUCUGAAAUCAAUGGAGCAAUAUUAUCCCAUGAAUAUGGAUACUCAGAGAUCAGCGACAAACCAACUCCCCUGAAGGAUACUGUGUUUCAUGGUGAAGAAAGAUACAAGCUUAAGUACAAUGCUGCAAAAGCUCGCCUAUUUUUACGACUCUUGCCAUUUUUCAUUGGUCCUUUUGUUGACAGCAAUGGUCCGCAUUACCAGUUCCUCAUACAAUUGAUUCAGAUUGUUCAAUUGAUUUUCUCACCAGUAAUUAAAUUGGAGAACAUUGACUACUUGGCAGAACUUAUCCAACAACAUCUGACCACAUUUAAAGAUUUGUUUCCAAACUGUAACAUAAUCCCGAAACAACACUAUUUGCUCCAUAUCCCGUCUACAAUUAGAAUGCUUGGACCAAUGGUUAGAUCUUCCUGUUUCAGUUUUGAAUCUGCUCAUAAUUAUUUUAAAGAGUUGGCAAGAAAGCAGAAUUUCAAGAAUUUGCCAUUGUCACUAGCUAAGCGCCAUCAGUUCAAUUUGUGCAGCAACUAUGGUGAUUCAAACGAGAACCCAAGCUCACAUCCACUGUUUUCAACAGAAAGGGAAUAUGGUGUGCUAAAGAAAGCAGGUGCAGAAGUAUGUUUGUCCUUGCGAGAAAGAUUUGAUGAACGUGGCCUUCUACCCUCCAUUGAAAUUGUGAAUGUUUACAAAGUAAGUUGGAUAAAGCUUUUUGGAACAAAGUUUGCCAAGUCUGGUAUUAUUGCUAUUGAUGUUGCUGGAGACCCUGCAUUGCCAGUUUUUGGAGUCAUUGUGUGCAUAUGGUCAAUUCUAGACUUUACAUACUUUGAUGUACAAUUACUUGAGACAUUAUCUUUCGAUGAAAAACAUCAAGCUUAUCGUGUUUCUGAGAGUACAGAAGAUGUUACUGGAAUUUAUCCUUAUGACAGUCUAGUGGACUUUAAUGUCUUUCAUUACAAGAAAGAUAAAGAGAAUAAUAAGUAUGUUGCAGUGAAAUAUGACCUUCGUGACAUCAUUGAGGAGCAUAUUGAAGGACGAAAUCCUCUUCACUAGUGACUGGUAAGAGUUUUUAGAAAAAUUUUGAAUUGUACAUAGUAUCUUGCAUGAAAGAGGCAGUCAAGACUAUGUUGCUCAUACAGUAAUUACAAUUUAUGUUGCCAAAUGUCACAUUGUUUCAAGAUUGUAUGUUCUAUUUUGUACAUAUAUGUUGCCAUAGCUAUGUUUGAUCUCUAACAAAACAUAGUGUGCUUUUGAAGAUGGAACAUAUGAAUAAACUAAAAAUCCCAUUAUCAGUAAAAUAAGUCUUCAAAAUGCCUGAACGCUAUACUAAUAAAAUUUGAGCAUUUUUAAAUGCUAAGUGUCUGACUUUUAAAAAACUGUAUGGAGCCACCUUAAAUGAAAACUAAA